CGCCUCUAUGGGACCAUUCGUUGCUGUUGGAGUCGGAAACAUCGUCGUCGCGAUCGGCCCUCCCGUUCACCACCUCAACAGGUGACCACUUUCUCCAAGCGCCCCUCUACCAAAAAACAAAAAGGAAAAGAGAACUCGGAUAUCAUCGGGAACAUGUUAGAAUUGCAUUCAACGGGGCUUGUGUGUUCGCUCGAAAAGUGCGGCAAUCGGCGGUCUGUGAACUUGCGGACUCCUUGACCGCUGCAACGAGCCAUGUCUUCGUCAUCGGACCGACGGGAAGAUCGCCGAAACUGCCGACUCGAACGAAGCGUUUUAGGCCUAGUGCUCUGAACCGAAGGGAACCCCCUAACGCCAGCACCACGCAGCCAGCGGCAAAGAAGAGCUGUUUGCGGCGCCCGCGAGCGUCGUCUCGUCUCCGCGUCACAGCGACAAGGACAGCCAGGGGCUUGCCGUUAGUUCUUUUUCAAAGUGCGCUCCGCGGCUCUUCGGGGCCCGGCGAAUCUCCCGACGGAGUUCCCCAUGAACCGAGCGCUCGUCAUGCCUGCCAAAGUGUCCCGCAAAGUUGCGACCAUGAUCAUCCGAAGUCGCAAGUCCAUCAUGAAGGAUGGCUUCAUCACAUCGGGGUUUGGCGAGCCAAGCGUCUACCAUGCAGUAGUGGUCAUCUUCCUCGAGUUCUUUGCCUGGGGACUCCUCACCACACCAAUGAUCACGGUCUUGAACGAAACAUUCCCAAAUCACACCUUCCUUAUGAAUGGCCUCAUUAUGGGAAUCAAGGGCUUCCUGUCGUUCCUAAGUGCUCCCCUGGUGGGCGCCCUGUCGGACGUCUGGGGCCGCAAGUUCUUCCUGCUGGUCACGGUGUUCUUCACGUGCGCGCCCAUCCCGCUGAUGCGCAUCAACACCUGGUGGUACUUUGCCAUGAUCUCCAUGUCGGGCGUGUUUGCGGUCACCUUCUCGGUGGUGUUCGCCUACGUGGCGGACGUGACGGACGAGCAGGACCGCAGUGCGGCCUAUGGUCUCGUCUCGGCCACGUUCGCCGCCAGUCUCGUGACGAGCCCUGCGCUGGGCGCCUACCUGGCGCGGCAGUAUUCGGAUGCCCUGGUGGCUGCCCUGGCGUCGGCCAUCGCGCUCCUGGACGUGCUCUUCAUCCUGGUCGCGGUGCCUGAGAGCCUGCCGGAGAAGCUCCGACCCGUGGGUUCGUGGAGCUCGCCCAUCUCUUGGGAACAGGCUGACCCCUUCUCGGCGCUGCGCAAAGUAGGCAAGGACCCGAUGAUCCUGAUGCUCUGCGUCACCGUGUUCCUGUCGUACCUGCCCGAGGCUGGCCAGUACUCCUGCUUUUUCGUCUACCUGCGCCUGGUGAUGGGAUUCUCGGCGGAGGAAGUUGCAUUGUUCAUCGCCGUCGUGGGCCUCCUCUCAGUCAUUGCACAGACAAUGGUGCUGACACUGCUGAUGAAGACAGUGGGCAGCAAGCACACAAUCAUGGUGGGGCUGCUCUUCGAGAUGCUGCAGCUCGUGUGGUACGGAUUCGGCUCGCAGCGCUGGAUGAUGUGGUCGGCGGGCGGCCUUGCUGCAGUGGCAAGCAUCUCCUAUCCGGCCAUCAGUUCCUUUGUGUCAACGCAUGCGGAGGCGGACAAACAGGGCCUGGUGCAAGGCAUGAUCACAGGCAUGCGCGGUCUCUGCAACGGGCUCGGGCCUGCCAUGUUUGGCUUCAUCUUCUACCUCUUCCACGUGGAUCUGAACGAGGUGCCGCCCAUGACCGCCCCACCCCUCUCCAAUGGAUCUGCAGUGCCCAAUGAACUCAGGUUUGUUCCUGGACCACCUUUUGUUUUCGGUGCCCUGCUGGUAAUGUUGGCAUUGCUGGUGGCGGCAUUCAUCCCCGACAACUCGGGACCAGUCGCCACGUCAAUGUCCGCUUCAACUGCCAGUGGCUCGUCACGAAGCGUGGGCAGCUCGCGGUCAGCACAUCAGUCUGUCCGUGUGGGGGGCUUGGAGCUCUUCCACCACGACGUUGUUCACAAGCGCGGUGGUGACUGCGGAACGUUGCCGCUGAUGCACGACACGGAUCCGUUAUAGUCGGCCUGCUCAUGCCGCUGCUCGAAAGCGUCAUGUUCUGUGUCACCGGUGCGGGGGCCAAAUGAUGUCGCCGAACUGUCACCGGCAAGGGCUGCGGGCUCGGUGGUUGUGACGGUCACCGGCUUGGUUUGGGACCACUGUUUCAUCACGCUUGCACUAUCGGAGUUGCACUCGUGUUGCUUGCGCACCCGUCGCCCACAGUUGUCCGUUUUCCGGAAUGUCUUGAGCAAGAUGCUGCUGUGGAAAGUGCCGCAGCUGUUCUGACCGUUGCUGCUGCUGUGUUCUGUUUGCCUCCGGUGCGGAAGUCCCGUCCCAUCACACGACGGGUGGCACUGUGCGACAGCAGUGAUGGAGACCGCAAGGUCUUUGGUCCCUUGACCUCGCCCAUGUAUGAUGCAGCUGGGUUGAACGGCAAGACUGUGUGCAGUCGUAAGCGAAAAAAAUCCUCGUCGCACCGCUACUACACCAUCGUGACUAUCACUUGUCUUUAUGCCAUGACCGGUGUGACCGUGACGGGCAUUAUUGCCUUGCCUCGUGCUGUCUCCGGCACUGUAAAGCAUUGAAAUGCCAUGUAAGACAGUGCGCAAUAAGUGAUACGGUUGUUGCUGUGUUAUUGCAAUGUUCGACCAUUUUCGAGAGGUGCGACCUUGCGAAUGUUAGCUGAGCAGCCUCCUGUUUGUCGUUGCGUCAGCAGCGUCACGACCACAGAAAGUGUGCAACUCCGCCGGGCGCUUAGCCCCCCCUGAACUGGCCAUCGAUAUCGGCUGCGAGCGCGUCAUUUUGGAAGAUUGCCUUGGUGACACAACCAUACUUUUGUGCGAGAGUGGUUGUGUGUGUCUCUAGCGGUGUGUAGUAGGCUUGUCCACUGCCCAGCACUGUUACCACAAUUCUGACCUCUGCGCAUCGGCUCCAGCGAGGAGGAGAGCUGCGGCACUUAUAUAAGAUGUUGCAUUUUGGACGCUGAUUAAAACCCAACCAUGUUACUGAUUUUCCGAACUGAAGGAGCAUCGCCCGACACCUUAGCUGACCUCGUGUCGAUGGAAUACUGCUAGAAAUUUCUAUUGACAAUAUCACUUUGGACAUCUGUCUUCCUUGUUUUAACCUCGCCAUCGUCAGCUCAUGUUUUCAGCUGUUCUAGCAAGAAUAAAGAAAGCUAGCUGUCACCUGCUUUCUGUUCUUUCCGGUUCUAUUUUUCCAUUUCUAUCUAAGUGGGUAUCAUUGCGCAGAAGAACAAACUGUUACGAACUUCUAAACUGUGAAGGACAUUUGUGGAUUGUGUUUGUUGGAUGUUUAGUGAGGUUACGAUAUCAGUGGAGGGUGUGACGUUUGUUGGGAACACAAACAGUAUUGCUAUCUUCUCCCCACUUUUUUUCUGCUGCUGAUGUUACAAAAUAUUCGUUCCUUCAUGCUUUUUGUUGUCUGUCGUGUUAAUUAUGCAAUGUGCAAAGAGUUUUCCUGUGGCAUUCUACACUUCGCAGUUUCGAGUUACGUGCUGUCUUGUCCCCGGAUAAUGUAAGCGGUGUCGGUUUCCUUUUGGGCAGUCCUUAACCUUCACGAGAAGUGCGAGUGGGAAGAAAAUCAGCCUCUUAUGUUGCACACUGGCAAGAGGCACAUUUCGUGUGUCUCAACUGGUGUCGGUUAAUGUUGUUAUUAAAAUGUAUGCCUAUCUUUAGCUUGUUUAAUUUUUUUUGUCAGUUGGCAUUGCUACCCAGAUGAACCAACUCUGUUGUGUGGCAAUUGCAUUUGCUAGUCAAGAUAGAGGGGUGCAUCACGAGACUGCGGCAAGGUGUUUCCGUGCGGUCAUUGCCUUCUUCAACUGACGCUUGCAGUUUUUUCUUCUUUCUUUCUUUUUCCCUCUAUCUGUGUCAUGCAGUUGUCACACUCGUCCUCAGUUUUGCCUCAUGCCUACAUUGUGCCGUGUUGCACCUAGAAGGGUGGCACUUGUUCCCAGUGACCCACACUUGACUGCGUUGGUGCAGAAAGUGUGGCCGAGAAUACCCGAGCGUGAAGUUUCGUCCCACUGUCUCUCACCACAUUUGUAACUUUCCGUUGGUACCACCUGUACAAAGUUUGGCGAAGCCACUGCCUGUGCUUUCAGUGGUCAAACCGUUGUCUGUGCAAGAAAAAGUGUGCCACGCGACGUGCUGUUUGCCACGCUGGACUCGUUCUUAUAAAACAUGGCUCUCGACUUUACAAUACCGGUGCGACGGGCUCUCGGACCCCGUCCGCCUAUGAAAUUUGCCAAGUGGCGGCGACUACAGUGUGCCGAGGAUUUGGCGCCGCCAUGCGUUGUCUUCAGACAAACCACCCACCGUACGCUCCGUUUUCAAAAGUGGGGUGCUGAAGGAGCCCAGUUUUUUUUUUCUCUUUUUCAAGGCUGGCUACUGCCAUUUCUGUGGACUUGAACAAUGCCAAUGCUGCAAAACUUGACUGUUGUUUCACGGCUCAGGGGCAUUUUGUUUUCUUGUUUUUCACUGUACAGUAGCUUGUGUCGCAACGGCAACCAGCUGCGUGUUUUGUAUUGCAUCUGCUACGAGCACGUCUGCCUUGCGAGCUGUAUGGCAUCGGUGAUUCGAAGUGAAACCAAAGACAUGAAAAAUACAGUUUAGGUUUGAAUGCUGUGGUGCUUUGGUGCUCUUUGAAUUGUGCACGCUGUACUGGUCUGCUGGCUUCCAUGUUUCUUCUUCUGAUCUGUCAGGUAGGCACUUAUCACUUUGGCCAUUAAAGAUUAUAGCAUGGCUGUAUGCACCGAAUGUACAGGACUCUAAUAAAAGAAUAAUUUGCCAGUGGA